UAGGCCUUUGUGCACGUAGGCUCUGAAGGUCGACGCUUACGUACUUUUUCGGGUGGACAUAUCUAAGAAUGGGCUCCGAAACGCUGUGUGACAUGAGUUACUCCAAGCACGGAGCCGUGCGGGGUAAAUGGGCAUCUAAUGGCCUGGGUACACUGAUCGUGGCUGUCACGGCAGUGAUUGUCAGCUUCGUCACCAUGUUCGUCGUUAUGUUUGUAAUGGUGAGGCUGGGAGAGAUGAAGUCACAGCUGUCGCACCUGAAGGACAUGGAAGCUCAGCUGUCGCACCUGAAGGACAUGGAAGACCAGCUGUCACACCUGAAGGACAUGGAAGACCAGCUGUCGCACCUGAAGGACAUGGAAGCCCAGCUGUCGCACCUGAAGGACAUGGAAGCCCAGCUGUCGCACCUGAAGGACAUGGAAGCCCAGCUGUCGCACCUGAAGGACAUGGAAGCCCAGCUGUCCCACCUGAAGGACAUGGAAGCCCAGAUGAAAGAAAUGGGAGUCCAGGUGCAGGAGAUACAGCAGUGGAGAGAACAGCAGGUCAGUCGUCAGGGCCCGAGCGCUCGUGAGCAGCAGAACGGAGCGGGGCGGGGCAAGAGCGCCACCUUUCUGUAUGGAGCUGAAGUGCAUCGCCGAGCCAAGAGAUCCGUGUCCAACAUCGGGAAUUUUGCGAACAAGAUAACACUGCCAACGACUCUUGGAGGGUGCUUAGCCGGUGGGAGAGGAGAACCCGGAAGGGACGGGAGAGAUGGACUCACCGGUCCGACCGGACCUCCGGGUCCACCCGGGCCUCCUGGAUCGUGCUGCUGUUCAUCCCCUCCAACAUCCGGCCCGCCUAACACAGCUGAUCCCGGCCCGACACCGACACCAGCCCCACACCCGCCUCUCACAACCAGCCCGCCCUCCGCUCUAACACCGACACCAAGGUCCGGGACUGUGGCUGAAACUUGCGAGUCAAGGAUGGAAUUAUUCUUCAUCUUGGACUCUGGCUCCUGGAUCAAAAGAAAUGCAAUUGCUUUGGUCAACGCCUUCACAAUUGGUUUGACUGAUACCAGGGUCGGCGUGAUGCAGUAUGGAAACCCGGACUCGUUGGAGUUCAAACUGGGAGAUUAUGCUGACCGUGCAUCUACAGUCCAGGCAAUAAACGCCAUGCCGUCUCCGGGGUACGGUAGGCGCAUCGGGGCUGCGAUGGAUUUCGCACGUCGAACUGCUGCUUGGAGACCUGCACCUGUUCCUAGGGUGCUGAUAGUCAUAACAUAUGAUCGCUCCUCUGACACCGUGGUGGCGGCUGCACAGGCUCUGGCCACGGACCAGGUGGCCGUGUUCGCCAUCGGUCUGGGCAGAAGUUUCAGCUCAGAACAACUCCUGCAGAUCACCAACAACCAUCCAGGCCAUGUGUUUGAGCUUGCUACCUAUUAUUCCAUCGCGGUUCAGGACAAGAUUGUUCGAGCCAUCUGUAGUCACGGCAAUGGACCAGUGACCCCAAGACCAUCCACUGAUCUCCGACUGAUUGGUGGAUCUGGUGACCACGAGGGACGGGUGGAGGUUUUCCAGGAAGGAGAAUGGGGGACGGUCUGUGACGAUGCAUGGGGACAGGAGAACGCCGAGGUGGUGUGCCGUCAGCUGGGGUUUCCUGGUGCUGUGCAGGCCACAACUGAAGCCUCUUUCGGACAGGGAACUGGACAGAUCUGGCUGGAUGAUGUUGAGUGCAGCGGGAAUGAAUCAAGAGUGCAAAACUGCAGCCACGGUGGAUGGGGCAGCCAUAACUGUGGACAUGAGGAAGAUGCCGGAGUCGUUUCCCGUGUCCGGCUGGUUGGCGGAUCUCAUGACCACGAGGGAAGGAUGGAGGUUUACCAUGAUGAAGAAUGGGGGAGAGUUUGUGGCUAUGGAUGGGGUCAUUCCAAGUGGGAUCAACCCGAUGCCGAAGUGACGUGCCGUCAGCUGGGGUUUGGUGCUGCUCGGAAAGCCACCACGGGCACCUUCGGGCAGGGGACCGGACGGAUCUGGCUGAGUUAUGUGACCUGCAGCGGGACUGAGUCAAGGCUACAAGACUGCAGCCACAGGGGAUGGGGCAACAACCCAAGUGGGUGUAGCAGAAAUGGUUACGAUGCUGGAGUGGUCUGCACCAGUCUCCGGCUGGUUGGUGGUUUCGGAGAACACGAGGGGAGGGUGGAAAUUUACCACAACGGAAAGUGGGGCUCGAUUUGUGACGAUGGAUUCGGUCUCAGCGAUGCUGAGGUGGUGUGUCGUCAUCUGGGGUUCCCUGGUGCUGUAGGGGCGCCCACUGGCGCCUCAUUCGGGGAGGGCACGGGGCCGAUCUGGCUGGAUGAUGUCGACUGUGACGGGAAUGAGCAAAAUCUGCAAAACUGCAGCCAUGGCGGAUGGGGCAGGCAUAACUGUGGGCAUGAGGAAGACGCUGGAGUCGUCUGUAGUAAACAUGUUCGACUGGUUGGAGGAUCCGGUGAACACGAGGGAAGGGUGGAGUAUUACAAUGAUGGGCAGUGGGGGACGAUCUGUGGCAGGAAUUGGUAUUGGUAUCAACGCGAAGCAAAUGUAGUGUGCCGUCAGCUGGGGUUCCAUGGAGCUCAACAGAAAACACGUGGCUUGUUUGGCGAAGGGACAGGGCCGAUUUGGGUGUCCGGUGAGGCGGACGGGUACCGCCUGCACCUUUCUGGUUAUUCUGGUAACGCGGGAGACUCCAUGACUGGCUGGGACUCCAACAACGGGCAGAGGUUCUCCACUGUGGACAGAGACAAUGAUGCCUAUAAUCGUGGCCAUUGUGGCCAUCGUGGCCAGCUGUGGGGACAGGGCGGCUGGUGGUUUGAGUCCUGCAGCUACUCCUACCUCAACGGCCGUUACCUGGGCAACUGCGGGAGCUCCUGUCCAUCCGUGCAAGAGAGUAUCCGGCUGGUCGGUGGAUCUGAGGACCACGAUGGCAGAGUAGAAGUCUUCUAUAACGGACAAUGGGGGACGGUCUGUGACGACGGUUGGAGCCUGGAUGACGCCGAGGUGGCGUGCCGUCAGCUGGGGUUCCCUGGGGCUGUGCAGGCCACAUCUGAAGCCUCUUUUGGACAGGGAACCGGGCCGAUCUGGCUGGAGGAAGUCGACUGCAGCGGGAGUGAGUCAAGUGUGCACAACUGCAGCCACAGGGGAUGGGGUCACCAUGACUGUGCACAUGGAGAAGAUGCUGGAGUCGUCUGCAAUCGUAAGUGGGAAACAGUUCGGUGGGUUUUUGCUACCUUCAUUUUAUGGUUUUGA